AUGCUUCCUCCAAUUACUCGCCGCUUCGCGGCCCUGCUGCCCCUCUCCUUGCUGCUGGUUCCAGCACACUCGUCAUCACAAUUCUCCUCGCUCCUUGCCGACCUCAAGACACUGAAGUUCGAGACGACCGGCAGCAAAAUCACCUACACGCGCGACGCCAUCUGGGCAGGUGCGGAUUUCUUCUCGCACUUUGACUUCCGCACGUCGGCAGACUACAUGUCAGACUCGUCCAUCGCUGCCACCGACCCGACACACGGCUUCGUCAACUACGUCGACGAGGCGACGGCACGCAACGCGAGCAUCCUGGCCAUAACCGAUGGCGGCAACCCGCGCUGGGGCGUCGACACGGCACAAACGUACACACCCGGCAAGGACUGGGGCCGGCCGAGCGUACGCAUCGAGAGCAAACAAGCCUGGACGCACGGCCUGUUCAUCUUCGACAUUGCCCACAUGCCCGGCGCGGCCUGCGGCAUCUGGCCCGCACUGUGGAGCCUGGGGUCGGGCACGUGGCCGGAAGGUGGCGAGAUCGACGUGCUCGAAAACAUCCACCUGGCUCAGACGAACCAGAUGGUCAUCCACACGGGCGACAACUGCACCAUGGAAACACCGCGGCGCUCGGCGCUGGGGAGCAUCGAGGGCACCUGCGCGGGCUCUGAGGGAUGUCGCGUGCGUGCGUCAACGGGAAAGAGCUACGGGGAUGCCUUCAAUGCAAAUGGCGGCGGUGUCUAUGCGCUGCAGUGGACGAGUGGCGCAAUCAAGAUCUGGUUCUUCCCGCGCGAUAAGGUGGACAGCGAAGUGGCGGUAUGGAGGGACUUGGACUCGGGCGCGUUGGACAUCUCGCAGUUUGGGCUGCCUCAGGCCGUGUUUGCAGGCGGCCGUGGCUGCGACGUCGAUACCCACUUUGUCGAGCAUCGCUUCAUCUUCGAUACGACCUUCUGCGGAGACUGGGCAGGUAAUGCGUGGCCGUCGAAAUGUCCGUCGGUCGAGGGAAAGAAGAAAAAGCAGUCGUGCGAGAUCUACGUCGGCGCCCACCCGGAGGCGUUCGAGGAGGCGUACUGGGAGAUUAACUCAAUAGCUAUUUUUAAGGAAAGCGAGGUGGUCGGGACUCCGGUUUGA